AUCGGUCGGUUCGGCGCUCGUUUGAUCGGGUCUGUGGUGCUGGCAGAGCGGAGGUGGCGGCCCCGGAGCCUUGAGCGACCCCCGCUCCCGGAGUGCGGCGAUGGGGCUGGGCUCUAGCUCUGAGAUCCCCGCCGGGGGCGCUGAGGGCUUCCAUGUGCACGGGGUUCAAGAAAACUCUCCUGCUCAGCAGGCCGGGUUGGAACCUUUCUUUGACUUUAUCAUCACAAUAGGACACACCAGGCUAAUCCAGCUACACACUGUCAGAAACAAAUCUUUCCUUUCCUGUGUUUCACAGAAUAAAGAAAACACCAUGUUGAAAGAUCUGCUGAAGGCAAAUGCCGAGAAGGCAGUGAAGCUGGAGGUGUACAACAUCAAAACGAUGAAAGUGCGCGAGGUGGAGGUGAUCCCUAGCAACAUGUGGGGAGGGCAGGGGCUUCUCGGAGCCAGUGUGAGGUUCUGCACUUUCCAAGGAGCCAAUGAACACGUGUGGCAUGUCCUGGACGUGGAACCCGCUUCCCCUGCAGCUCUAGCUGGUCUGCAGCCCCACACGGACUACAUUGUUGGAUCAGAUCAGAUACUUCAGGAGUCAGAGGAUUUCUUCUCACUGAUUGAAUCCCAUGAGGGGAAGCCAUUGAAGCUGAUGGUGUAUAACACGGAAACCGAUUCCUGCCGAGAGGUAUUCGUCACUCCCAAUGGAGCCUGGGGUGGAGAAGGAAGUUUAGGAUGUGGUAUUGGAUAUGGCUAUUUGCAUAGAAUUCCAACACAGCCUGUUAUGCCAAAGAACCAGCAAGAGGAAAUCAAACCACCUUCACCUUUGCCGUCGGAAGACAGAUCCCCUGUGCCAUCUACAAAUGGCUACAUAGAGGCUCCAUUGUUGGCACCUAAUUCCCAAAGGGACAGCUCUGAAGAAGUUAUGAACUUGGAUGAAUCCACAGGUCAAGAAAUGAAUAUGUAUUCAAUGGAAAACGCACUUCUCCCUCCUCCUCCCCCUCCUGUCCAGAGAGUUAUGGAUCCAGGUUUUCUAGAUGAGUCUGGUGUUUCAUUUCCUGAAAUUGUUGACUUAACGAAAAUGCCUAACUUACCUUCCUCUGCCCCCUUCAACAUGUCAGCUGCAGACUCUUUAGCGGGGACUGAAAGUUUAAUACCUAAUGAUGGAACUACUACUUAUUUUGAGCAUGCCACGGCUUCAGUCUCUGCAGAUCUAACCACGUAUGCUGAGGGCUCAGUUACACAGUCGGACCAUUUAAUGCCUUCACUGUCCCCUUUACCAUCCUUUGCUCUUCCUAAUGAUAUUUCUUCAAAGUCAACACUAAGAACAGAUUCUGAUUCUCAAGAAACUGAACUACUUGAGGGCUCACCACCCACUAACCCAUUGAAACGUGACAGCGAUGAAAAGACACAUGAACUGAAAGAAGCUAUACAAGACUAGCACUAAAAAGGACACUUCCUUAUGUCGUCAAUCUGCAGUCUGCCAUAUGCUGUCAUGCUACAUCUCAAAUGUUGACUUUUUGAUCUCUAGAGAUAAUUACAAUUAUUCUAUUUUGUUAGCAUAGGCAAUGCUGUAAGAGUAUACAGGUCCCGUACGCAGCACUUGUUCUCUUGUUAUCUCUUCUCAGCAUUGUUUGAUAGAUGGAACUUUAUUUAAAUGUUAUGCAAACUCAGAUUAGUCUAUUGAUCAUGCAUCUAUUUGUCUAUUCAAUUUUUAAAAAUUGAUAUUUUUUGAAAGAUCUGCUGGAGAUUGGAAAAACUCACUAAUUUUUCUUCUAUUAACAAGCAUUAUUAUAAUUGUUUUUAAUUUGUUGGUCCAAAGGCAUAAUUGCCUUUAUGUAAAGAUUAAGCUACAUUUUAAUGACUAUUUCCCUGGUAUCUUUUACAGUGUUUAAGAAAAAUGCUAGUCAUAAUUUUGACUUCCCGGAAAACAGUUUUUACAUCUUGACCCAAUUUUCCUGAACACACACACUGUAUUUGUAGAUCAUAUAGUGCCAAAAUAAACUGUUUUAUACAGACUUCUCAAUUAACAUGAAAGUAAUGCAAACUUUAUAUAUUGGAACUGACUAAGUGUUCCACUGCCUUUCGUUUAGGGAGUCAAUGGGAGUAAAUUUACUGGUUGCCAUAAAGUUAUUUUUGCAGGAAAUAGUGCACAUUAGAAAGUGCAACAUAUACUGGGUGAUACAGAACUGCAAGUGGCUGUGAUUGGCAUUCAAUAGAUUGUUCAUUGGUCUGGAUCGUGGGUCUUUUACAAAGAACUUUUUUAAUGAGUUUACAAUGAAGAAGUUGUAAGGGAAAUGUUUUUGUGGAGUUAAAAAUUAACUAAGUUGAUUUCUGUUUAAUCAGACUAUGGUUUUAAGAUGAAGCAUGUGGUUUGAUUCUGGGAUGACUAAAAUUUUAAAUGAAUGUUCUGUUAGAGGUAAUGGGCUGACAGUGAAUAGCCUUGGUACUGGUUUUUAUUAAUCUGUUGUGUAUUUUCCCAUUUCUUAACGAUUUUGGAUAUAAAUCUAUAGGUUUAAAACACUGGAAUAGAACAUGUAGUGUAAUGAUCUGUACUGCUUUUAUAGAUUUGUUUUGUUUUCAAACACUUCCUAUACUUUUAAACACUUAUUUUACUUUAUGAAUAUUUGUUAUUACUGUUCAGCCAAUUGUCAAGCUACCAGCAUGGGAUCCUUCUCAUUACUUAGGUGGCAGCUCCUUUGACAUUUUUAAGUACAAUGCAGUGGUUCCAGUCCUCUUCUCAUACAGGUGUUGAUCAGGAAUAACUUCACUGUGGUCAUUUAUGCUGAUGUAAAUCCAAUAUAUAUGAAGAGAAUGAGGUCCAAUGAGGUCUAAAAUGCAUCCUAGUUGGAAAACGGUUUGUAGCAAUGGAAAAUGUUAACUGGCAUUUUUCCACCAUCCUACAUAAGAUAUUGUGUAUUUCAUAGGCUUCAGUAUAUUUAGGAUAAUGUCUUUGAGCCAGGCUGUCUUGGUCAGAUGGCUUUGUCUGUAGUCCUCAGAUGUAGUAAUCAGGAUUUAGAAGAGUGUUGUAGAUGAAGCCACAACACAAGGAGGCAGAUUCUGAGCUGGUGUGGGUUGUCAUAGCCACAGUGGAGCUAUGACAGCUUGCAUCAGCUGAGGGUCCUCUGCAAGGUCCCUUAGAUCACUGUGCAAUUUCUUAUUAAACUCUAGUUUGACAGGACAUAUGGUAUCUGUACAAACAGGAUGGCCAACAUAUUUUUACCCUUUAUAGAGAAGAAUAUAUCAAGCAUUAAGUACAGGGGAUUUGCAAUUAAAAUAUUUGCAGUUACAGUUGAUGUGAUAGUAAUUUGUUUCUCACUACAUUAUAUUAGCAGAAUACUGUAUUUGCAAAGUGAAAGCUCACGAGUGAAUAUUCAACGUUCAUAAAGUAAAGAUCAUACAACUUAAGCUACUGGUCAAUUUAUUUUUCUUGUUCAGUCCUUCUGUUUUCAGAGCAUGGUGAAAGAACUAGCCACCCUUAUGUAAAGGAGGAUCUAGUUAGGCAAGCAUCAUAUUCUCAUUAACAGGUGUGGAGUGGAGUUAUGGUUGUAGUUGUUUUGGGGGGGGUUUUAAGCUAAUGGCAGUUCAGCUAAAGGAGUGGAGGGGAUUUAAGGUCCUUCACAAACCUGGAGCUACUGUUUAGCACCCAGAUAUAGAAAGAGGCCCCUUUUUAAGAAUUCCAAAACAGAACAGGAAAUAUCAACCCCAAUCUUAAAUUUCAAAUGUAACAGUAAUAAAUAGCUUAGCUACUUAUAUGGUGUUUUGGGUGUUCACAGCAUUUAACAUUAGCUAACCUAGGAUUGGUUGAAAAACAGAAUUUGAACUUUUUUGUGAUAAUUACAAAGAUCUUGUCAUUCUUCUCAUUUUUGAUGAAAAAUUAUCUAAAAUGUGAAUUUUGAAAAUUUCUGACCUACUCCAAACUUUUCUUUGACUGUAGAUGACUGUAGCCCCUAGCAUUCUGAAUGACUGAUUAUCUUAGCCCCUGCCUCAGGCACUUCAUCUGUAAGAAUUUGUGGGUUGAAGCUACAUUCACUGUUUGUAAAGCACUUAUGCUGAAAGAUCUGAUGUGAAGUCUUGUUUUUGUGAUUUCCUUAUAACAGGUAAGCUGUGAAUUAUGUUCUUGAGAACAGCUGAACACCAUUUAGACUGCUAACAUUAGUGCAAGAUAAAUUAAAUUGAUAUUUGUGAA